AUGGAAGGGAAACUGGUACAAGCGGUUACGGAGAAGAAGCCCGUCCCUGAGAUAGACUUCACCCUCCAUACGAUGGAAGAUGGCACUCAGGUAUCCACCCAGGAGCGAGUCUGCAAGGAGGUGCAAGCGCCGGCAUUCAACACACCGACGAACGAGCAGUUCUGGUCCAGCGAAGAUCCCACCAAGCCGGACCUAAAGUUCCUCAAACAGCACUUCUUCCGCGAAGGGCGUCUCACAGAGGAGCAGGCACUAUGGAUCAUCAACACCGGUGGCCAGAUCCUCAGGUCGGAGCCGAAUCUGCUCGAGAUGGAUGCUCCUAUCACAGUUUGCGGUGACGUUCACGGGCAGUACUACGAUUUGAUGAAGCUGUUUGAAGUGGGAGGUGACCCCGCAGAGACACGAUAUCUCUUCCUUGGAGACUACGUUGAUAGAGGUUAUUUCAGUAUCGAGUGCGUGUUGUACCUAUGGACUUUAAAAAUAUGGUAUCCCAACAGCCUGUGGUUGUUGCGCGGGAACCAUGAAUGUCGCCAUCUUACGGACUACUUUACCUUCAAGCUGGAAUGUAAACACAAGUACUCUGAGAGAGUCUACGAUGCCUGCACAGAAGCAUUUUGCGCACUGCCUUUGGCUGCAAUCAUGAACAAGCAGUUCCUUUGCAUUCACGGCGGUUUGAGCCCAGAACUGCAUACGCUAGAAGACUUGAAAACGAUUGACCGUUUCAGGGAACCGCCAACGUAUGGACUGAUGUGUGACAUUCUAUGGGCUGAUCCUCUGGAGGACUUUGGCCAGGAAAAGACAGGUGAACAUUUCAUCCACAACAAUGUUCGAGGGUGCUCGUAUUUCUUCUCCUACCACGCCGCCUGUGCGUUCCUGGAGAAGAACAACCUGCUGUCCAUUAUCCGAGCCCACGAGGCCCAAGAUGCGGGAUACAGAAUGUAUCGCAAAACACGAACCACCGGAUUCCCUAGUGUCAUGACCAUCUUCAGUGCCCCCAACUACCUCGAUGUCUACAACAACAAAGCAGCCGUCCUGAAGUAUGAAAACAAUGUCAUGAACAUUCGCCAGUUUAACUGCUCACCCCACCCAUACUGGCUCCCUAACUUCAUGGAUGUGUUUACAUGGUCGCUACCGUUCGUCGGAGAGAAAAUUACAGAUAUGCUCAUUGCCAUUCUUAACACAUGCUCGAAGGAAGAGCUGGAGGAGGAGACGCCGUUAUCAGCAUCUGAGACACCGCCAUCGCCAACUCUUCCGUCAACUGAUCCAGAGAGUAUCGAAUUUAAACGACGUGCCAUCAAAAACAAAAUCCUUGCCAUUGGUCGUCUGUCUCGCGUGUUCCAAGUGCUACGAGAAGAAUCCGAGCGGGUCACGGAACUCAAGACUGCUACUGGUGGACGCUUACCUGCAGGAACCCUUAUGCUGGGUGCCGAGGGUAUCAAACAGGCCAUUCAUAACUUUGAGGAUGCCCGAAAAGUCGAUUUGCAGAACGAACGACUACCCCCAACCCACGAAGAGGUCACCAAGCGUGUCGAAGAGGAUCGAAGGCAGGCCUUGGAACGUGCCGCCCGCGAGGCGGAGAACGACACACAUCUUACAAAUGUAGCUCGGAGAAUUAGCAUGUCGUCUGGAUCUGGCAGACCACGCAAACGGGAAACAUAA